UUUCAAAGUAAUCUCUAUUUUCCUCUCUCUCUCCCUCCCUGUUUUGUCUAGACGUCUCUCUCUCUAGAAUGUAGUUGAGUCAUGAAUCUUUCCUCCAAUUUCCCCUUUCUUAAUUAAGAACUCAGUUCUCUUUCAGUUACCCCUCAAUAAUUUAUGAUGAAUUCUUUAAUCAUUCCCUCUCUUCUUUUCAAUACUUCAGAAAAAAACAUCACUUUUGUGUGGUGUAAAAGAGGAUGAUGAAUUGAUGAUAGAUCCUGCAUCUGAUGUGUCUUCUCUUUGUAACUAUCAAAGAUAGCACAAAAUCACCAUCUUUUUGUACCUGGUGUUAUUGAAGGAAUGAAUGAUCUUUUGAAUCUUGAACCAGCUUCAAGCUAUUCAGAUUUUGUUGAAAUAGAUCCAACCGGAAGAUACGGAAGAUAUAAUGAAAUCCUUGGCAAAGGAGCUUCAAAAACAGUAUACAGAGCAUUUGAUGAAUAUGAAGGAAUUGAAGUAGCUUGGAAUCAAGUGAAGCUUUAUGAUUUCCUACAAAGUCCUGAAGAUUUAGAAAGAUUGUAUUGCGAGAUUCAUCUUCUUAAAACAUUGAAACAUCCAAACAUUUUGAAGUUCUAUACUUCUUGGGUUGACACAGCUAAUAGGAACAUCAAUUUUAUCACUGAGAUGUUCACUUCAGGAACCCUAAGACAGUAUAGACAGAAGCAUAAGAGGGUUAAUAUCAGAGCAGUGAAGAGUUGGUGUAGACAGAUCUUGAAAGGGAUUCUUUAUCUUCAUAGCCAUGAUCCACCAGUUAUUCAUAGAGAUCUUAAAUGUGAUAAUAUAUUCAUUAAUGGAAAUCAUGGUGAAGUCAAAAUUGGUGAUCUUGGUCUUGCAGCUAUUCUCAGAAAAUCUCAUGCUGCUCAUUGUGUUGGCACACCGGAGUUUAUGGCUCCAGAAGUAUAUGCCGAGAAAUAUAACGAAUUAGUCGAUAUUUACUCGUUUGGAAUGUGCAUAUUGGAGAUGGUAACGUUUGAAUAUCCAUAUAGUGAAUGCACUCAUCCCGCCCAAAUCUACAAGAAAGUGAUUUCAGGUAAAAAGCCUGAUUCGUUUUAUAGAGUGAAUGAUCCGGAAGUGAAGAGAUUUGUUGAGAAAUGCCUAGCCGUAGUUUCUAUGAGGAUGUCGGCUAGAGAGCUUCUAGACGACCCUUUUCUACAAACCAAUGAUAUAGAGUCGAGAUUGAUUGAUUAUUCGGAUAAUCUAUCAUUGGAUUAUGAUGGGAAUGCUGCUUAUACAAAUCAUAGCUCUUUUAAUGGAUUUUCAAACGAGUUUAGUGAGAUCGAGCAAUGUGGGAUUGAUCUAUUUGAUCACAACAAUGAUGAACACGACAUACAUUCUUCUAAUGUCGACGUAACCAUCCAAGGGAAGAGGACGGAGGAUGGGAGUAUUUUCUUGAGACUUCGGAUUACGGACAAAGAAGGACAUAUACGUAACAUUUAUUUUCCAUUUGACAUUGAAAUCGACACGCCUUUAAGUGUGGCAACGGAAAUGGUUGCGGAAUUGGAUAUAAUGGAUCAAGAUGUUACUAAAAUAGCAGAUAUGAUAGAUGGUGAAAUCACUUCUUUAGUACCCGAGUGGGAGUCUCGUUUGAAAAUCAUCGAAGAAAUUCCUCGUUUUUGCAACAAUUGUGCGUCCAACCAUAUGUCCAUGGGGUCAUUCUUAAACUUUCUCACGAACACUCCGGAUGGUAAUUGCUUAGGAAACGGUUGUGCAGCCACUCAAGGCCGGUUUGAAGAUAUCUCCUCCGAAACCCUAAAUAACCCCAAGUUUUCAAAACUAGGAAAUGGAUCAUCCUUAUGCUAUGGAAUAUGGGAUCGUCACGAAAGCUUUGAGUGUAGCCCGAUGGACUCAGAAGAGAGCCACUCCGACGAAGAUCACGAAAAACAAAUCAUCCAUUCCAACAACAAUCGUCAAAAAAUGAAUCAAUAUCGGACAAGGAAUCGUUCACUUUCUUGCGACCUUACAUACGAUAAUGAUGUGAACCAAAUAGAACUUAGACAAGUUCAAGACCACCGGCUAAGAUGGGGAGCAAUACCGAAAUAUCCUAAGCCUCGGUUGGUUGGUUCUUCGGGCAUAAUUGGGAAACCACGGGUGACAGAGAAAUCAUCGAACUUGAGUGGAAAAUCGGCUACUUCUAUAGGAUCUACGAGUCUAAAAGGAUAUUAUUGCGGUUCUCUUCAUAGAACAACAUCUCUGCCUAUUGAUGCUUUUGACUUGUGAUCAUGUGAAUUAAACUUCACUAAUCACAUUUAGCUCGUAAAAAUUAACUUCAAUGGGAUUCCAAACACGACCUUAAAGUUUUGUUUGUUGUUUAGAGAACAUGC